AUGAGAAUAUUUGUCAUCGUCUGCUUGCUGGCUACCGGCCCCGUCACAGCGUGGGACACAGAUGCAGAGCGCAGGAGCAAAGGCAACCGCCUGAGCCAUGCCUUAUUUGGCCUCCACGAUGUACAACUAUUGGAAGCUCGGAGGUCAUCAUUCUUGUGAAAAACGUUUGCAAGUACACGGAACAAACAGAGGUCAAGGCAAUUCCUGAAGCCUCGAUAUACAGUGCUUAGUCGAUAGGUUCCGAGGCAAAGCGCAAACGAGAUGUAUAAUACAUAGUAUCAAGCUGUGAUGCAUGGCGCGUCCUGAGCUGCGAUGACGACGCGCAGAGGGGUUGUGACCGUCUCACAGUAACCUGCUUGAACCCCUACGAAGACCGACCGCUGUGCUGCCGCGGUGGAUAUUGUAGGAAGUGCCUCGCACAGUCGCCACAAUACAACGCGCGGUUGGAUUAGGGCCGUUGUAAACAGAGCACCGUUUCUCCAAAUUUCUCCAAAUAUUUGGAAUGUUCCAAAUUCAAUUUGGUAAAUAUGCGUGGCGCGAUCGAAGGCAAAAGCUUUGGAAAAUUUCCGAAGAUUUGAAACCUACCGUUCCAAAGCUUUGGGGCCCUUAUCACGUUCACAUUUUUUCGAUGACUUCCAAAUUUGGAAUAAACCACUAUGAUUAAAACGGCCCUUAGUGUUGUUGACUCCAACCCCGUGCGGAGGGCAGUGCCGCGAGGGCUAAAGCGACCAGAACCAUUUCCCGACCUCCACCGAUGUACAGAACGCGGCCACGAUAUCGCCAGACGCGUUUUGUGUGUUUUCGCCAUUUGUAUUAUGGCGAAAGCCCCCACUUUUCGUGGUGAGACGUGCACCACACGUGUUUCAGUGUACAAAAGGGACUGCACCUUUCAGAGUAUUUUUUUCGUACAACCACGACCAUCCAGGGUCACCCAGGAGGGGGUAAGCACCGUGGCUUAUUGCUUUUUACUUUCUAUUUUCGUGCCCCACGUUACUGCUGCUAAGCGUGCUGAGUGUACAUUUUCUCUCGCGAGAAGGGUUCGGCCGUCCCUUUCCCUCGUCAAGGGUGCAAAUGCCGAAGAUUGGUACUAACGACGUUUUCAUCCUUUCUUUACGCUUUCACCCACAAAUUUGUAAAUUUUUCACCCCAUGGGGACUCGAACUCACGACGACUUUGCCACUAGCGGUUCCGAGUGUACCACGAGUCUCUAGACCACCGGGACGACCUGUGGCAGAAUCUCGAGGAAUACCCAACAGGGGGUCUGUAGGCGGGAUGCAUCCCCGGCACUUUGGGGAAGAGCCCUGCUACGGCGCCGCCAAAUGCAUCAUUCAAAGUGAGGGACUUGAAUAGGCAGGCAGCGUGUCGUCGAAUACAACAGCGGCAUACACGGACGAGGUCCUUCGGGACGGAGGGGUUCCAGUAAAGCACGACCGGCAGAUCCAAACGACUGCUAUCACACGAUAUCAUGAAGUUUGAGCGGGUCUACGGCAAACCAUCACCUGGGAGUCCUACGCGAAAUGGCUCUCACAUCGUACGGAGUUUCACUCUCCCUUACCGGUAAGUUCGUUGCCG